UUGGUGUAAUUUCACAAGGUAAAAUGUUUUAAAACAUUUGACAUUCAUUUUUGCUAUUCUUGUGUCUUGUGAACUCUAUUAGCGUUUUGUUUGGUUCGGUUAGAUAUGGUCAUCAGUCAUCAUCAUUACGUGUUAAUAGAGUGUUGGAAGUUUCACCACCCAUCUUAAAAUAGUCAACCUCGUUGAAAAUAGCUCUUUUUGCAUCAUUGACGAUUAGAUCCAGAAGAACAAGAAACCACCUUUUGAUGUCAAAAAAUAGCUUAAAUAAUAAAUUUAUUUGCUUCUCAAAAGAAAAGAACCUAAGAAAACACGUCCAAGGGCACAAGAAAAGAAAAAAAGUUCUUAACGUGUUGGUAAUGGCGUCUUCUUCUUCCUCCUCCUUAUUCGUCAUUACCUUCCUCCUCUUCUCGCCUCUCUGUUUUUCUCGUGAGUCACCUUCUCAAAUCCCAGACGGAACCUUAAACCUCUCUUUACUCUGGUACGGACAAUUCACCCCCGUCCAAAAAGAGAGGGUUCGUGAUUUUAUAGAAUCGCUUAACUUUGACGCCAAGGAAGGUCUUGAUCCCAAGGUAUCAGCGUGGUGGAAAGUGGUGGAGGGUUAUCAAGAGAGGUACGAGGUCAAGGAGAUUUACCGACAGAAGAGUAGCAGCAGAACCGUAGCUCCGAAGAUUAAGGUGAAGGUUGUCAGGAGUUAUGUAGAUGAGAAGAUGAUGUUUGGAAAGGAUUUGACAAUAGAUAAUGGUGAGAAAUUGGUUGAGACAGCCGUCGGAAACAUGUCGAAAGUGGUGCCCGUGGUAUUACUUUCGUCACAAGUUAGGGCUCAUCACGUAGGGUUUUGUAACGGAACUUGCCAAGAAUACGGCCUUACCAUCAAGAGUAAUAUCAAAGGUCAAGAAAAGAAACAACCGUACGUAAUGGUGAGCGACCCGGAGGUGCAAUGUCCUGGAGAGUGCGCUUGGCCUUUCCACAUUGCCAACAAAGGCCCACAUGGCAUGACCUAUCAGCCACCAAGUGGUGAAAUAGGAGCCGACGCAUUGAUUAUUCAGCUAGCCACCGGUUUAGCCGACGUCGCCACUAAUCCAGCUAUAACCGAAUCAUUGUUCAAAUCCGAGCCACCCUACAGCACCGACGGGAACCACACCUCUUCUAUAUAUAUCGUGGACCCUGCAACCAAGUGCUUUAGGGUUUUCGGGUCCGGAGCUUUUCCAGGUUUUACAGGAAGAAUCCGGGUUGACCCGCUUACUGGUGGAGCCUUCAAUUCACACGGGAUCAACCACUUGAAGUUCUUGAUUCCUUCUAUUUGGGACCCUAAAACAAAAUCUUGCUAUACUCCGAUGUAACCGUUGUUAUUAUUAUCAAAUGCUAAUCAGUGUUCAUUAUCCUUUUAGCAACCUUGAUUUUUAUAAAGGAUACAUAUCUGUUACUGGAAAUAUUCAAUAGUAUAUAUAUAUAUAUAUAUACAAUGGGAGAUCCUCGUGUAAAUUAAAUUCUGCGAGAAAAAGAAAACUGCAAUCCUGGCUCUAAUAUUUGUAGCUAUUCAUGAUCAGUAUGAUAUUGCCAAUAAUGACUAAAUUAAUGGGUCAUUAUAUAUUAAAUCCUAUUAUUGACUAAUAAGUAGGAUCAUGCAAACAGAGGAACAAAUAAUUUUGUGGAUGUUAUAAAAUGACUAAUUAAUCGUUAAACUUUUCUGCUGACCUUGUAUAUGUAGAGUCUCAUUGUUCAACUUCUUCAUUGCUUGUUUUACAAAGAAGUAAACAUUGAUAUGGGAAAGGUAUGUGCCAUUUAGGUGAUUUUUCUUGCCUAACUCUAUUACGCAAGCUUAUAUUUUAUUUGUAUUUUUUUUUGUACCAAAAACAAGCAAAAUGGAGAAUCAGACAACAAGUCAGAGAAGAAGAAUCGAUGUAAAGAAAUAGCUUUGAAGGUUUACCUGCAUUGUGAAGGGCAGUAGCGGCCGUGACUUGCAAAGGACCAGAAGCUUAUUUCAAAAAAAUGGCCGAUAAUGAUCCGGACCUGGUUCAAACUCAUGAUCUUGGGGAACUGAACUCAUUAUAAAUACCACUAGACCAAAGGAACAUUUUAACAAAAUAUGGCCGAAAGUUUUUAAUAUUUUUGAAGGCUGGAAGCCUAUGCUUCUGCCGCUUCCUAUCAGGGUCGGACCUGGUGAAGGGUGCUCUUCACAAGUUUCCCGUUUUUUGGAGAGAUAUGAUGGUACUUUCAAACUAAAACUCAAACCAUCCAUAGAAUGUAUCAAGUUUCAAUGUAUUAUUAUAUUUCUAUCCUCUAUCAAAAUAAGCACCAAUCGUUGGGUGUCUAUCCUCUAUCUUGCAAUUCCUCCUCUAUGGAGUUUGAAUUUCUUUUAAUGUAAUAAGUAAAUGAGUUUGAUCACAAAAAGGUUCCUUGCGACUUUCAUAAUUAAUUAACCAAAAAUCGGCUACUAUCUUAUACAAUAAAGCUGAGUUUUCUCUCACCUCAGCCCUCCACAUCAGCACAUAGCAUGGGGCUUUUUUUGACACGUGGCGCAAUACCAAAGCUUUUGGGAUUUUUUCUGUUUUCGGUUCUCCAAUUAAAGCGUAUGAGAACUAGGCUUUUCGUACGAUAGAUAGGUUUGGCCCAAACCUUGAGCCCGUUAAGAGACUUAUUCGGUAUUAGGUAUUAGGGUUCGUCCGUUCGUCGUCGUCUUCUUCUUUGACCUGCCACCUCCACGAUGUAAUUCACAGACUUUAAGCGUCGAUCCUAACUCUGUAACUUGGUAGUUAUGCCCCACCCUCUUGACAAAGCCACAGCCGAUGGACACAACGUGGACCGUGGCUUGAAGGCCAUUGGGUUUACCGAUCAAAGAGAGACGCCAUCUUUUGAAGCAAAUCCACUUGACUUCCUCUCCACAAAGCUAUCGUAUGGAUGGAUGCUCGCACCAGUUCCAGCUGCAGGUACAUACAUACAUAAUCUCUCUCUCUCUCUCUCUUUCUUGCUUUGUUUUCUUAAAUCAUUUGUCAUAAAAAAAAUCCUCUGUUCUUAGGGACUUCAUUUUUGAUGAAUUUUUUUUUGGAUGAUAUUCACAGGAGACUAGAGAAGGAACUAUCAGGAGGAAGAUCCCAUUUUGUUGAGUCUUGUGCAUUGCCUAUAAGCACAUACUUCUCUGCCAUGAAGCUUCUCUGGCUAAUGGAGAACGUACAUGCUGUUAAAGACGCUAUCAAGAAAGGAUAUGCCAUCUUUGGCACAAUCGACACAUGGCUGAUCUGGAACAUGACCGGCGGUGUGAAUGGAGGUCUACACGUCACUGAGUCACCAACACUUCUCGUGCAAUGCUCAUGAACCUCAAAACCCUGAGCUGUGACGAAGACACUCUCAAGAUUCUAGGCAUUCCCGGUGAAAUCUUACCAAGAUUGUAAACAACUCGGAGGUCAUUGGAAAAAUCUGCAAAGACUGGCCCAUUCCUGGUAUCAAGAUCGCUGGAUGUCUUGGCGACCAGCACACUGCAAUGUUAGGACAAGCUUGCAAAAAAGGUGAGGCUAAGAGUACCUACGACACUGUCCCUUUCAUUCUUCUCAACACAGGAGAAGUUCCCAUCAAGUCAGGUCAUGGACUUCUAACCACACUGUCUUACUAGCUUGGGCCUCAAGCACAAACAAAUUAUGAUCUUGAGGGUUCCAUUGCUAUAGCUGGAGCUGCUGUUCAGUGGCUAAGAGACAGCCUUGGGAUUAUUAAGAGUGCCAGUGAAAUUGAAGAUUUGGCGGCUAUGGUAGAAACAACCGGAGGAGUGUACUUUGUGCCAGCAUUCAACGGUUUGUUUGCUUGGAGAGAAGACGCUCGUGGUGUCUGCAUUGGAAUCACGAGAUUCACAUACAAGUCUCACAUUGCAAGGGCUGUGCUGGAGAGCAUGUGUUUCCAAGUGAAAGAUGUGCUAGACUCCCUAAAUAACGAGAAAGCGGAGUUCUUGCUUAGAGUUGAUGGUGGCGCCACUGCCAACAACCUUCUUAUGCAGAUUCAGGUAAUGACUUAUCCUCUUCUUCUCACGUAUGAAUCUUGAUGAUGUGUUGUUUAUUUUGUAACAUUACUCUCAUUUGUCCUUUUGAAACAUGGGCAGGCUGAUUUGAUGGGAACUCCGGUGGUGAGGCCAGUGGUCAUAGAGACAACGGCACUAGGAGCAGCGUACGCAUUAUAUUUCUUUCUAAAGAUGCUAGAGAAGACAGACGUUCCAACGAAAGAAGAUAAUAUAGUUUACAAAGAGAUUUUGAAGAACCUUUGCGAAGCCUAGGCGAAAUUUAAUAUAGUGAAUUUUUACUCCUAAGUGUACGACUCAUGUUGCUUUCUAACUUACAUAAUAAAUUAUAAGGCUCCCCUGUUUCUAGCACUCUCGAUAUGUGUUUGCAGCUUAAACAAAUGGAUCGUGGAACUAAUCUCAAGCACACUUCCAUUAUCUGAGAGAUCUUAAUAAUGCGGAGCUGUCAUCAUCUCUACACAUACUAUGUAUGGUUAAAUGAGAUGGGAGUUUUAAAAUUUUAUAAAUACAGAAAAAUAUACUCUAUGAGAAAUCACGGCUGACUUACUCAACAACAAAAUUUCAAAAAUCAAACGCCCACCUUUGACUUACGAAAUCAGUUUUGUCCUCUCAGCAUCUCUAACCUCAAACUUCUCAUUAUCCCAUGCACGAUUGAAAGAGGAAACAUAUACGACAAAGAGGCUGUAAAAAAGGAGGGGAGCUCAUUGGGUUGACAUUCUUAAAUUGAUUAAUAGGCACACCUUCAAAUAUUUCUCCUUCUUUUGAUUAUGAGACUAAACUCUUUGAUUAAUAGGAGUUAGUGAUGCUGCUCCAAAUCAGCCUGGCCUCACCACGCAUUGCAUAGCUUCAGAGCUGGACUGGCAGUUGGAUUCUAGCAGCUGUACUUUUUGGCUUUUGCUAAUAAUUUUGGAAACAAAUUGUUUUCCAUAGUUCUAAAAUCUAUUCUUUCUCACAACUUCAUACUCACGUAUUAAAAUGGAUCGAAUGUAUCCUUCAUAUACGACUACCACUAACUUCUAUCAAAUGGAUCAAAUGUAUCAUCUUUAUACUAUUACUACUAACUUCUAUCAAAUGAAUCAAACAAACCUUUUUCAACUUAUUAAAUUAAUAAAUAUACGAACCCGGCGCGUAGCGCCGGAAUACUCCUAGUUAAGUAUAAUACAAACAACUAAUUUAUUAUCAGAGCAUAAUAUUAUCAGAUAAUAUGAUUGUAAGUUUUGUGAAUGUCUAAUUUAUUAUCAGAGCAUAUUAUUAUCGACAAUUUCUUCACUAGUACAACAUUAUGGACAAAAGUUCUUGAAAGAUGUAUAUCUAAGCAUAUUGAUUCUCUGUUUUUUCUCAAAAAUCUGGUCACUAAUCAACAUUGAAUGAUUCAAGUAAUCAAGAUUCAAGAGUAAGCAAUAAUUAAUUCGCUAGGCCUAUGGAUAAUAGUAGGCCCAAAUGCUACUCGAAUCGGCUCGACCCGGAAAAGACAAAACCGAUCCGGAAAAACCGCUAACUGUUGUUGACUUCUGGCUUCUUGUCUGAAUCACACAGAAACACAAACCGUUAUUCUUUUCAACUCCUCGCAACCUCCUCCAAUCAUCGAAAAUGGCAGACAAUGUUUCGCUAGAUCAGUUCUUGGCUGCCGCCGUUGAUGCCGCUCAGAAAGCUGGAGAAGUCACUCGUAAAGGAUUUUACGAGACCAAACAUGUUGAACACAAAGGCCAGGUGGAUCUGGUGACGGAGACUGAUAAAAAAUGUGAAGAGCUCGUGUUUAAUCAUCUCAAGCAGCUCUUUCCCAACCACAAGGUCUUUUUAUCUUUGGUAGUUUCUUCCUUGCAUUGCACUGCAUUGAUCAUUUAGCAUUUUAGUUCAUAGGAGAAGAAACAACAGCUGCGAAUGGUGUGAGUGAGUUAACAGAUGAACCAACUUGGAUUGUUGAUCCUGUUGAUGGAACUACAAAUUUCGUUCACGGGUUCCCUUUUGUGUGUGUUUCCAUUGGCCUUACUAUUGAGAAAGUCCCUGUGGUUGGUGUCGUUUUCAAUCCUAUCAUGGAUGAGCUAUUCACCGGUGUCCAAGGGAAAGGAGCCUUCUUAAAUGGAAAACCAAUCAAAGGCGGGCGUUAACGAGAUAAAGCUACAUUAGACGAUGCAACCAACAGGAUCAACAGUUUGUUAACCAAGGUUAGGAACGUCAGGAUCUGUGGCUCUUGCGCACUGGAUCUCUGCAGUGUGGCGUGUGGAAGGGCUGAUAUCUUCUAUGAAAUCGAAUUUGGCGGUCCAUGGGACGUUGCAGCAGGAGUUGUGAUCGUGAGAGAAGCUGGUGGACUUAUUUUUGAUCCAUCCGGUAAAGAUUUGGACAUCACAUCACAGAGAGUUGCGGCUUCAAACGCUUCUCUCAAGGAGUUGUUCGUGGAGGCGUUGCGGCUUACAAAUGUGUGAAGUCAUCUCUUCUUUUGUUAUGGUUAUAUUUCUCUUUAUUACGGCACACACUUAUUUUGAAAAGAUUAUACACAAAACAACUUGUAAUAAGUAGGCUAAUAUACAAAACAAUUAGCUCUCUU